UUUAUUAAGUAAAAUAAACUUUUACACUUGCCAGCGCAGUUUCGCGCUUCAGCAAAAAUUAAUAAGUGGUGCUCAAGUGUUUUCACACCGAAAAUGGUGGUUUUCAUCAGCAGUAAAUGCAGUUGUUGUAGUUCCUCGCCUGGAGGUGAAAAUAAACAUUUAAAAAGACGAAAUUGAGGUGCAUAUUUUGCGAAGCAGCAUGGGAUUCAUUUCUGUGCUGGCCACCUGUUGCUGCAGGGGAGACUCUUCUUCGGCCUUGCCCUUUACUGGACACAAUAGGGACGAUCAUCGGAGAUAAUCCGCAUCCUGAAAUGUUGGCUGUUCGAAGCUGCGAUGAGAAUGGAUUGUGGGUUGGAAACAUAACCAACUUUACACGGUGCGUUACAAAUAUACAGGAGCUGUACCCGAAUUCUUGGACUCCAACGAUUAUUGCUCUCAUUGUGGUAAUUGGAUCCACAUUAUCGAUUAUUACACUCUGUUUGUCUUUAUUCAUCUUCUUCUACUUCAGAAGUCUAAAAUGCAGUCGACUGCAGGUUCACCGCAACCUUUCAAUCGCAUUACUCCUCAACCUGAUACUACUCAUCGUAUCUUCUUCGCCUAUUCUGACAGACUCCUCCUAUAAACACACGGAAUGGCUCUGCAAAAGCGUCCUCACUCUUCAAAUGUACUCCUCCCUGGCCAGCAUCAAUUGGAUGUUUGUGGAAGGCCUGCUGUUGCACAGUAGAGUCACCGUGCACAUUUUCAAAAAGGACGCUCCUUUCAAGUUGUACUACUGCAUUGGAUGGGGAUUCCCUGCAAUAUGUAUUGGGCUCUGGUGUCUUCUGAUGACGUAUCACCACAACACACAUUGUUGGGCCGGCUACGGUGGACAGCAAUAUAUCUGGCUCAUCACGGGUCCCAUGAUAGCAGCUCUACUGGUUAACAGCGUUUUUCUUGUCGAUAUAAUACGUAUUUUGGUGACGAAGAGACUGGCCAAACAAACGGCUGAAACCACUCAUGUAAGGAAAGCUGUGAAGGCCACUGCUCUUUUGUUUCCAUUGCUCGGAAUUCCUCAUUUGCUUUUUUGCAUUAAUCCGAAAGAUAACGGCACUUUGGAGGAGGCUUACAUGAUUGUGAACGCAUUCGUCAAAUCAUCGCAAGGGCUUUUUGUGUCUGUUUUAUAUUGUUUUAUGAAUGCGGAUGUGCAGAUGGCAUUGAGAAAAGCUUACAUGCGCGCUGUGGCCCAGCGCAAUCCUAAUUACCACUACAGGUGUCGGAGGGGUCUCUCACAAACCUCUGGUACAUACGUCUCCUCACAUUCUGAAGGAUCAUCCUUCCAAUCCGAGAGUAAUCGUAAGAAACGACCUCCUUCUAGAGCAGUUCUGCGCCUGCAGGAGGUCCCCAAACACCAAGAAAAUAAAGGCAAAGUGGAAACAGCUACUGUUAUCUUCUAAAUACUAAGCAAGCCAAGACCAACUGGUGUCCUACAGGUGUCAACCGCAAGGGACACCUGUGCUAUAAAAAAAUUGUGUCUGUAUCCUGCCAUGCAGAGGUUUUACCUUCUACUGGACAAUUAAUGUCUUUUGUGGCAUUUAAUAGAAUAAAAAGUUUUAGCACAAGAUUUUAAUGAAUAAAAGACCAACUGGUGUCCUACUUGUGUCAACCGCAAGCUACACCUGUGCUAUAAAAAAAUUGUGUCUGUAGAGGUUUUGUCAUGUAGAGGUUUUACCUUCUACUGGACAAUUAAUGUCUUUUGUGGCAUUUAAUAGGGUAAGAAGUUUUAGCACAAGAUUUUAAUGAAUAAAAGUAACAUAAUGAAAACUAUCAAAUUAUUCAUGGUCAAGUCAGUUGCAUUCAUUACAUGUGACGUUGGAAAAUGUGAGAUACUGCAAAGGGUUGUUCCCCUGAUAUAUAACUAAUUCUUCAUUGAUAUAUUCUCUGUACAGCCUGAAGGACUGAUUACAUUUUGUGAUGCUACAGUUCUCAUGACGGAUACCAUCAUGUAUCUCAUUUUACAUUUAA